AUCUUACUCUCUCCCAAAUCCAAAAGCUCUUAGCUUCUAGUUCCCAUAAUUAAUUCUUCAUCUUCUCUAUGGCAAUAGAUAUGAUAGAUGUUCACAAGAUGAGAAUGGAAGAAAACAUAUCCAUACAAGAAGCUGCUUCAGCUGGGUUGAAGAGCAUGGAGCAUCUCAUUCGAGUCCUUUCUUCUUCAUCUUGCAAUUUUUCUACUCCACACAACAACCUUAAUCUUAACAAUCUCGACUGCUCCGAAAUCACCGACUUCACCGUUUCUAAGUUUAAACAGGUUAUUAACCUGUUGAAUCGCACCGGACACGCCCGGUUCCGCCGCGCCCCACCCCAACCCCAGGCACAACCUCAGCUACAACCACAACAAGAUCAACCUCGGAUUCAGGGGCUAGAUUUUGCUAAAUCUACGAUUCUCAAUACCAAGUCCAACAACAAGGAUGAUACUCUCACCAUGUCCACCACUACUUCCUCCUUCAUGUCCUCCGUCACCGCCGACGCCAGCGUCUCCGACGGCAAGAUUGGCCCCUUCAUCCCUCCCUCCGCCUCCAAGCCCCCUCUCUCCUCCUCUCACCGCAAAAAGUGCCACGACGCCGCACUCUCCGCCAAAACCUCCUGCCAUUGCUCCAAGAAAAGGAAAUCACGUGUGAAACGAACGAUUCGCGUGCCGGCGAUUAGCUCGAAGAUCGCCGAUAUCCCACCGGACGAGUACUCUUGGAGAAAGUAUGGUCAAAAACCGAUCAAGGGUUCACCUUACCCUCGUGGGUAUUACAAGUGCAGCACCGUGAGAGGGUGUCCGGCGAGGAAGCAUGUGGAGCGAGCUCAAGAUGAUCCCAAGAUGUUGAUUGUAACGUACGAGGGUGAGCACAGUCACUCGCUGCCGUCAAUAGCCACAGCCGGCGUUGGCUUAAUCCUCAACUCCAGUUAAACGACGGUGUGGGAAAAACUGGCAUACGCAUUGACGGCGAUCGUGAAAUAGUCGAGAGACCGUGACGGUAACGGCGAAAAGGACGUGGGAGGAAGCGUCAAAUCGGAAGUGUUGGAAGGGGCGAAAAAGAUGGAAUAGAAGUCAACUUUUGCGUUGUAGACUUUGACGGAGUCGUCUAAAGUUGACGAGGACUUUUGUGUAAAUUUGACGAUAACAAAGUACAGUCUGAAAAAAUGAAAUAGUUUAUUAUUUUAAAAAUUUAUUGAUUUGAUUAGAUGUUGAUGUUGAUGUUGAAAUUGAAUUGUUUGGUGGGUUGGAUAUUAUUUUGUUGGUAGAAUAUAUAUGUGUGUGUUGUGUUGAAUAAUAAUAUUGGGCGAUCUAAGUUGAAAGAUUAGAUUCGUUUUUAGAAGAAAAAGUCAAGGGGAGGAAUGUGAGGGUCCCAUGUAAGCAUGUGGAGUUGGAGGAAGGAACGGGUCAAUGGUCAUUAUGGGGAAUGGGUCCCAAUGCAUG